AUGUGCCUCUCUCAGGUGAUGGAGAGCACCCCUUCAAGGGGUGGAUUGAACCGAGUACACCUACAAUGCAGGAAUCUGCAGGAAUUCUUAGGGGGCCUGAGCCCUGGGGUAUUGGACCGAUUGUAUGGGCACCCUGCCACUUGUCUGGCUGUCUUCAGGGAGCUGCCAUCAUUGGCUAAGAACUGGGUGAUGCGGAUGCUCUUUCUGGAGCAGCCAUUGCCACAAGCUGCUGUAGCCCUGUGGGUAAAGAAGGAAUUCAGCAAGGCUCAGGAGGAAAGUACAGGGCUGCUGAGUGGCCUCCGUAUCUGGCACACCCAGCUGCUCCCAGGCGGGCUCCAAGGCCUCAUCCUCAACCCCAUCUUUCGCCAGAACCUCCGCAUUGCCCUUCUGGGUGGGGGGAAGGCCUGGUCUGAUGACACAAGUCAGCUGGGACCAGACAAGCACGCCCGGGAUGUUCCCUCACUUGACAAGUACGCUGAGGAGCGAUGGGAGGUGGUCUUACACUUCAUGGUGGGCUCCCCCAGUGCAGCUGUCAGCCAGGACUUGGCUCAGCUCCUCAGCCAGGCUGGGCUCAUGAAGAGUACUGAACCUGGAGAGCCGCCCUGCAUUACUUCUGCUGGCUUCCAGUUCCUGUUGCUGGACACCCCGGCCCAGCUCUGGUACUUUAUGUUGCAGUAUCUGCAGACUGCCCAGAGUCGGGGCAUGGACCUAGUGGAGAUUCUCUCCUUCCUCUUCCAGCUCAGCUUCUCUACUCUGGGCAAGGACUACUCUGUGGAAGGUAUGAGUGAUUCUCUGCUGAACUUCCUGCAACAUCUGCGUGAGUUUGGUCUUGUUUUCCAGAGGAAGAGGAAGUCUCGGCGUUACUACCCCACGCGACUGGCCAUCAAUCUCUCAUCAGGUGUCUCUGGAGCUGGGGGCACUGUGCAUCAGCCAGGCUUCAUUGUUGUGGAAACCAAUUACCGACUGUAUGCCUACACGGAGUCGGAGCUGCAGAUUGCCCUCAUUGCCCUCUUCUCUGAGAUGCUCUAUCGCUUCCCCAACAUGGUGGUAGCGCAGGUGACCCGAGAGAGUGUGCAGCAGGCCAUUGCCAGUGGCAUCACAGCCCAACAGAUAAUCCAUUUCCUAAGGACAAGGGCCCACCCAGUGAUGCUCAAACAGACACCUGUGCUGCCUCCCACCAUCACAGACCAGAUUCGGCUGUGGGAGCUGGAAAGGGAUAGACUUCGGUUCACCGAGGGCGUCCUGUACAACCAGUUCCUGUCCCAAGUGGACUUUGAGCUGCUGCUGGCCCACGCGCGGGAGCUGGGCGUGCUCGUGUUCGAGAACUCGGCCAAACGGCUCAUGGUGGUGACCCCGGCUGGGCACAGCGACGUCAAGCGCUUCUGGAAGCGGCAAAAACACAGCUCCUGAGAGUGCAGGACCCAGACCCGGACCUGGGCGGGCGGGCCCGGGCCCCUCCCCGCCUCAUAUCCUUCUAAUGUGCUUUCUGUCUAUCCCGAGCAGAUCUUGGCCCCUUUCCAACCACUCCUGAUGGCUCAUUUGCCUCUAGCAUCUUUUCGACCGCCACUUUGGGGGCUGAGGCCCUCACGGGGCCUCCCCAGGUCCCAUCCUCUUUCUACACAGUCAGAGCCCCAUGGAUUUCCCAUCUCUCGGAGGAAUCGUGAAGCCAAACAGAAGCGCCUGCGGGAGAAGCAGGCGGCGCUGGAGGCUGGGAUAGCUGGGAAGAGCAAGUCACCUGCAGAGUCCACUAAGGCCUGGAGUCCUAAGGAGGUAGUGCUGUAUGAAAUCCCCACGAAACCCGGUGAAAAGAAAGAUGUCUCUGGGUGCCUGCCUCCUGCCUACAGCCCCCGAUAUGUUGAGGCUGCCUGGUACCAGUGGUGGGUGCGAGAGGGCUUCUUCAAACCAGAAUAUCAGGCCCGGCUGCCCCAGGCCACAGGGGAGACCUUUUCCAUGUGUAUCCCACCUCCCAACAUCACUGGCUCCCUGCACAUUGGCCACGCACUCACAGUGGCUAUUCAGGAUGCCCUUGUGCGCUGGCACCGGAUGCGUGGGGAUCAAGUGCUGUGGGUCCCUGGCUCAGAUCAUGCAGGGAUUGCCACACAAGCCGUGGUGGAGAAACAGCUGUGGAAGGAGCGGGGCAUGAGGAGACAUGAGCUGAGCCGGGCAGACUUCCUUAAGGAGCUGUGGCAGUGGAAGGAGGCGAAAGGUGGAGAGAUCUGUGAGCAGCUGCGAGCUCUGGGCGCCUCCCUGGACUGGGACCGAGAGUGUUUCACCAUGGAUGCUGGCUCCUCAGCGGCCGUGACCGAAGCUUUUGUGCGACUCUACGAGGCGGGGUUGUUGUACCGGAACCGUCAGCUUGUCAACUGGUCAUGCGCUUUAAGAUCAGCCAUCUCGGACAUUGAGGUGGAGAGCCGGCCCCUGCCUGGCCGCACAGAGCUUCGACUGCCCGGCUGCCCCAUCCCUGUGUCUUUUGGCCUCCUGGUUUCUGUUGCCUUCCCUGUGGAUGGAGAGCCUGAUGCAGAGGUCGUGGUGGGAACUACGAGGCCAGAGACGCUGCCUGGAGACGUGGCCGUGGCCGUUCAUCCUGACGACUCCCGCUACACACAUCUGCAUGGGCGACAGCUUCGUCACCCCUUGACCGGGCAUCUUCUCCCCCUCAUCACAGACUCCACUGUUCAGCCACAUGUGGGCACAGGGGCAGUGAAGGUGACUCCAGCGCACAGUCCUGCCGAUGCUGAGAUGGGGGCCCGACACGGCUUGAGCCCCCUGAACGUCAUUGCGGAGGAUGGGACCAUGACCUCCCUGUGCGGGGACUGGCUGCAGGGCCUUCACCGAUUCGUGGCCCGGGAAAAGAUAAUGUCUGCGCUGAGGGAGCGGGGCCUGUUCCGGGGCCUCCAGAGCCACCCCAUGGUCCUGCCCAUCUGCAGCCGUUCCGGGGACGUGGUAGAAUACCUGCUGAAGAGCCAGUGGUCUGUCCGCUGCCAGGAGAUGGGGGCGCGGGCUGCCGAGGCUGUGGAGUCGGGGGCCCUGGAGCUCAGCCCAUCUUUCCACCAGAAGAACUGGCAGCACUGGUUUGCCCACAUCGGGGACUGGUGUGUCUCGCGGCAGCUUUGGUGGGGCCAUCAGAUCCCAGCCUACCUGGUUGUAGAGGAACACGUGGAGGGAGAUAGGGAGGACUGUUGGGUGGUCGGGCGGACAGAGGCGGAGGCCAGAGAGGUCGCAGCAGAACUGACAGGGAGACCAGGGGCGGAGCUGGUCCUGGAGAGGGACCCUGAUGUCCUGGACACAUGGUUCUCUUCGGCCCUGUUCCCCUUUUCUGCCCUGGGCUGGCCCCGAGAGACUCCAGACCUUGCUCGUUUCUACCCCCUGUCACUUUUGGAGACAGGCAGUGACCUCCUGCUGUUCUGGGUGGGCCGCAUGGUCAUGCUGGGGACCCAGCUCACAGGGCAGCUCCCCUUCAGCAAGGUGCUUCUUCAUCCCAUGGUUCGGGACAGGCAGGGCCGGAAGAUGAGCAAGUCCCUGGGGAAUGUGCUGGACCCGCGGGACAUCAUCCGUGGAGUGGGGCUGCAGGUGCUGCAGGAAAAGCUGUCACGUGGGAACUUGGACCCUGCAGAGCUGGCCGUUGCAGCCGCCGCACAGAAAAAGGACUUUCCUCAUGGGAUCCCCGAGUGCGGGACAGAUGCCCUGAGAUUCACACUCUGCUCCCACGGAGUCCUGGGGGGCGACUUGCGCCUGUCUGUCUCUGAGGUCCAGAGCUGCCGACAUUUCUGCAACAAGAUCUGGAACGCCCUGCGCUUUAUCCUCAAUGUCCUAGGGGAGCAGUUCGUGCCGCAGCCGGCAGAGGAGCUGUCUCCCUCCUCCCCCAUGGACGCCUGGAUCCUGAGCCGCCUUGCCCUCGCUGCCCGGGAGUGCGAGCGGGGCUUCCUCGCCCGGGAGCUCUCGCUCGUCACCCACGCCCUGCACCGCUUCUGGCUGCGCAACCUCUGUGAUGUCUACCUGGUGAGCGAGGCUGGGGCGAGGCUCGCAUCCCCACUGCUGCAGACCUGCCCACGAUCCUCCGGNNNNCCUCAGGUCCUGUUCCUGUGCGCUGACCUCGGCCUCCGCCUCCUCGCCCCGCUGAUGCCCUUCCUGGCUGAAGAGCUCUGGCAGAGGCUGCCCCCCAGGCCCGGCUGCCCCCUUGCUCCCAGCGUCUCGGUUGCCCCCUACCCCAGUGCGCGAAGCUUGGAGCACUGGCGCCAGCCCGAGCUGGAGCGGCGCUUCUCCCGGGUCCAGGAGGCCGUGCAGGCGCUGAGGGCUCUCCGAGCCACGUACCAGCUCACCAAGGCCCGGCCCCGAGUGCUGCUGCAGAGCUCUGAGCCUGGGGAACAGGACCUCUUCGAGGCCUUCCUUGAGCCCCUGGGCACCCUGGGCCACUGUGGGGCCGUGGGCCUCUUACCCCCAGGCGCAGCAGCUCCCUCUGGCUGGGCCCAGGCUCCACUAAGUGACACAGUUCAGGUCUACAUGGAGCUGCAGGGCCUGGUGGACCCCCAGACCCAUCUACCUCUGCUAGCCGCCCGAAGGCACAAGUUGCAGAAGCAGCUUGAUGGCCUCAUAGCCAGGACCCCACUCGAAGGGGAGGCAGAGACUCAGAGGCAGCAAAAGCUUUCUUCCCUCCAGUCAGAGCUGUCAAAACUGGACGGGGCGGCCUCGCACCUCCGGCAGCUGAUGGAUGAGUCUCCAGCCCCAAGGGGCUCUGAGCAUUAACUCUCCGUCCCUGAGGACAACAGAUUGGUCAGCCAUCAGGGUGCAGUGGGACAUCAGAGACCACGUGGUCCACCGCCUUCAUUUUGUAAAUGAGGAAACAGACUGGCUUGGUCGCAGUGACUGUGGGGUCCCCGGGAUGCUUACGUUAGUGCCCAGCCUCCCUCCUGUGCAGUCCCACCGAGUUUGGGAAUGAGGGGAUUCAGAUAAACUUUAAAAAUCCCAAA